GCGACAUAAGUGAAUGUAUUUGUAUACUUUUAAGGUGAUUUAUCAGAAGCGAUACAAAAUGAUUGUGAUUUGGAUGUACGUGUUUGCCUUGUUCAAGCUGACAUACUGCUCGGGUCAGUUCCGGUACGCAGUGCGGAAUGGUGUGUACGCCCCUACGUUCAACUACGAACAGGACAUGGACCUCGUGGGCAACAACACUCUCGUCUACUAUAUGAACAAGGCGUGUGACAUAUAUCCAGAAACGUUCACCAAUUAUGUUGCCAAGUAUUUCCCGGGGCUGGGCUACUCCAUCGAGUCCAUUAAUGGACAGACGGGCAACUGGCAUCAGGACAAGACCUACUGGCAGAUCAGGAAUGACUCGGGACCCUUGCCACUCGGUGUGAGCAGUUACGUACCGUCAAAUGAGGAGAGAAUACUUUUCAACUUGACCGUGUUCGAGCCAUUUCCGUCCCACCACACGUUUACCUAUACCGUCAACAAUGGAAUCAAGGCCCCAUACUUCACCCACACCGUAGACCUGUUUAUCAUUGACAAUAAACCACUUGUGUAUUACAUGAGUACUGCGUGUCAGAAAUACCCGGACAUAUUUACAACCUAUUCGGCUACAUACGUUCCAGCACUCGGCUACUUCAUUGACGCAAUAAACGGUGUGGCCGGCGACUGGGAUGCCGACAAGUCAUAUUGGAGAAUAUUGAACUUCAGUCAACCACUUUCCGUCGGUGUAAGUUCAUAUGUUCCAAGAGAAGGCGAUGAAAUCAUAUUCAAUCUUACCAUUUAUGAGGAACAGCAAAGUACGGAGCACGACGCAACGACAGAAGCGCCUACCAAUAUGAGCUCGGCUCCUACCUAUAUCAGCCCGGGUUCUACAAUCAUGAGAUCCAGUGCGUCGGUCAUUACUACGACAAGCACACCAGCAACGACCACGACUACAACAUCUGUGGCGGGCCCGAAGUUUCGGUACACAGUACUCAACAUGAUGGUGAAACCCUACUUUUCACAUUCCGUCCACCUGAGGAUAGAAGACAAACAGCCGCUGAUUUAUUACAUGGAGAAGGCAUGCGACAAAUACCCGAAGACAUUCAGAAACUUUACAGUCUCAUUCUUGCAAUCGUUCAAUGGAUAUUUCGUCGAUGCCAUCAAUGAUGUAUUUGGCAAUUGGUACGAGAAACAUUCUGGCUCAUUCUCAACGACACGGGCCCAGUCGACUUAGGUGUAAGCAGUUACAUUCCCACUCCUGGUGACGAUAUCACCUUUCGAUUUGUACACGGAAACGACUAUUUACCAAACCAUAACAAAACCUCUCAGCCUCCAAAUACUUGCAACUGCUCGUGCAACGUUCCCAUAGGCGGCCAGCCAUUGACAAAGCAACCUUCGUUUGUUACCCUUUUAUUGGCGACCAUGGCGGGCUUGUCUGCCAGACUGAGAUAGAACUAAUAAGGACUGAUUGAUACUGUGCGAUGAUAUAUCUCGGGGACAGACACUUUCAUGCUGGAGGACUUUGGCUCAGUAAAACAAAACCAUUUGAAAGGAGAGGAAGAUGAAGCCAUUUUAUAUAUGAGAGCCUUUAUAAUCGAACAGUUACAUAACUCCAGCAAAAUUUAAGAGACAUUGAAAUUAACAUCUAAGUUAGAAGUACUAUUUCAUAACACAAAUACUAUCGCUAGAUGUACAACAAUUUGUUUGUAUAAAUGCCAUGUAAUUACAUAAAUGAUAAAUCACUGUU